AUGGCUGAUGAAAGUAAGCAGCCUCAACCCACGGCUUCAGAAGCCAUGUUCUUUUUCUCCAUCGUCAAGAACAUGAAAACCCAGGCGGAUAUCGACUGGGUCAAUGUUGCCGAGGAUCGCGGCUUCAAAAACGCUGAAGUUGCCAAGGUCCGCUUCGGCCAGGUCAAGCGCAAGCUUGGAAUCUGGUCAGACAACGGCGGAGCAAAGUCCUCUCCUAAGAAGGCCAAAACCCCUUUGUCCACUCCUACCAAGGUGACCAAGACACCCACCAAGCGGGGAGCUGCCAAGGCUCGCAUGUCCAAAAUGAAGAAGGAAGACGACUACGACGAUGAGGACAACAAGGAGGAUGCCUCCAAGAACGAGUCUGACACCGAUGGUGGCUCCGUCGCCAAGCAGGAGGAGACUGACGCCGGCCUCAACGAUCCCUUCUGA